AUGGCUCGCAAGAAGGUGACCCUGCAGUACAUCGCCAACGACUCCACCCGGCGCGGCACCUUCAAGAAGCGCCUCAGGGGGCUCAUGAAGAAGGCGGACGAGCUGGCCAUCCUCUGCGACGUCAGGACCUGCGUGCUCGUCUACGGCGAGGGCGAGCCGGCCGCGCCGGAGGUCUUCCCCUCCCACGCCAAGGCGGCCGCCAUCCUCACCCGCUUCCGCAGCAUGCCGGAGCUGGGCCAGUGCAAGAACAAGAUGAACCAGGCGGGCUUCCUCACGCAGCGCAUCGACAAGCUCCGCGACCAGGUCGACAAGUCCCGCCGCGAGUGCCGCGACCGCGAGAUCAAGGUCCUCCUGCACAGGGCCAUGCUCGGCACCCUCCCGGGCCUCGCCGGACUCACCAUCGAGGACCUCACCAGCGUCGGAUGGAAGGUCGACGUCCUCCUCAGGACCAUCGGCGAACGCAUCGCCAAAAUCCAUUCCCUCUCCCAGCUGGCGACGCCGCCAGCGGCAUACCAGCUCACCACCGGCAGCAUGGAGGACAUGGAGUCUCCGUCUCUGUACCAGGUCCAGGCGCCGCAGCAGCAGCAGGACGAGGAAUGGCUUGACAUGGUGCCCCGGCCCGGACAAGACCUCGGUACCCAGCUGCUCUACGGUGGCUAUACCACCGGUGGCCACGACGGCUCCAGCUUCUCCUCCUCCUCCGGCGGUGAUACGAAUAUGAAUAUGAUGAUGAUGCAGCCCUUCGAUCUGGGCUUCGGUCUAAGCCAUUUCCCACCCAUGUAAGCUACCUACUACCUAGGAUGAUGCAUGAUGGUGAGGAUCAUCUCCAGCCGGUCGCCGUGCAUGGCAUGCAUGCAUCAAUGCAUGGCCAGCACCUACCUAUACGU